UUAACUUAACUAAUCAAUCGAUUGUUAUUUCAAGUCAUUGAAUUAAAUCUAAAUGAAUGGAAAUAAUUUCAAUUCCUAUGAAAAUAAUCUCAGUUUUCUUUAAAAAUCUUUAUGUUUUCAAAGUGAAAUUUGGUAAAUUUGAUUUUCUCAUUUCCAAUGGAUUAAUUUUCUUGUCCGUUAAUCUUUAAGAGUAAAGGUAAUUUGUUAUUUGGAUUGGUUGGUUAAUCGUUUCAAUGGAUCAAAAUAAAAAAAUGAUGGAAAUGGAAGUGCAUCUCCAUAAAGUUAAUCAACAGAAAAGAAAAGUAACAUUUUACUAUUUUCGAUUAAUAUUAAAUGUUCCCCGUUAAUUGGAUUACUUUUUCAUCGCCAAAUCUCAAUAUUUACCUUUGAUUACAAAGAAAUUAACUUAAUCAUCAUCAUGGAAACUCUGUAUUCCUCUUGGAAUCCAGGUGAACAAUAUCACCUAACAACCUUAUCGAAAGGUGAUAGUGUUGGAAUAUCAUCUUCUUCUUUAUCAUCAUCAUCUCCAUCCUCAUCUUCAUCUUCAUCCUCAUCACCUUCAUCUUCAUCAACUACUAUUGCUGCUCUAAUGGCGGCUACAAGUUACCUUGUUGGUUGUGACACUCCACCGACUCCAGUGACUUGUGAUUCGGGAAUAUUUAAUAACCAUAAUAACAGUACCAAUAGUAACAUGUUUUACUCACCCACUCUUGACCCUUCACUAUCAACAACAACAACACCAAUGGUCAACAUCACGAUGACCCAUGAAAAUAAUGAAAACAUGGUUGUCGUUAACUAUGAUGAUUAUCACCAAACAAUCAGUUAUAAUGAUGUUGUACCAAGUGAUUAUUACAAUUGUAAUAAUAAUAACGAUAGUGAUUUGACCAAUGGUCAAUCAUCGUCAUUUCUAAGUCAUCAUACAAAUUAUUCAAUUCCAACCUCAAUGGAAAGUCCAGCAAAUACAUCAUACUCAUCACCUUCACCUUCACCUGACCUUUGGGAAAAUUACGGUUUAACUGAUAAUGUUAAACACCUCAAUCAACACUGUAAUUUAGAUCAACAAUUAAAUCUACAACAGCAAACAAACCAUCAUGAUCAUAAUCCUCACCACCAUCACCAUCAUCAACAUCAACAUGAUCACAAUCAACAAAAUCAUCAUUCAAUUGCAACAAAUUACCACAAUCAACACUCAGCUCAACAUCAACAACAAAUUCAACACCAAAACAAUUUAGAUGAUAAUAAAAGCAAUACCUAUACAAUUAAUGAUAAUGUAAUUACCACCGCCAACAACAAUCAUAAUAAUAAUUCAACCAUUAACACAAUCAACAACAAUCAUAAUAAAGACAUUAGUGUUAAAGCCAAAAACACAAUUAAUCCUAUAAACAAAUCAACUAAUUACCGAGCAUCUUAUAAGAUUAAAAAAUCACAAAUCGAUACAAAUUUAAUCAAGACCGAAUCAAAUACUAAUCAUAUUAAUGAAAAUCAUUUAAAUAAUCAGCCGAAGGCAUCAACAGGUAACCAAAGGAAUCACCAUCAUCGAUCAAUUGAAAGUAGAGGCGGCGGAUCUUUCGAUAAGUAUCUCAGUCCGGAAGAUGAGGAUCGACGUCGACGUCGACGGGAACGUAACAAAGUGGCCGCAACGAAAUGUCGCAACAAGAAGAAAGUCCAUGUAUACAAAUUGUGCCAAGAAUCGCAAACAUUGGAAUCAACUAAUUACAAUUUAAAAGAAGAGAUGGAAAAUUUAAAACGAGAGGAGCAACGAUUAAAUGAUAUUCUAGUUAAACAUUUACCUUUUUGUGUUCGACGAACACUCCAACCAAUUAGUGAUACAAUUAACAUGUAAAAAUCAACGGAAAGAAAUUAAUUGUUGCCAUAAUUGUAAUUUUUAUCUAUUCAACAAUCAAAUUGAUUGUUCCAAGUUAAUUGAUAAUCUGUUUCCAUGUAAAUCUGUUGAUACUAAUUUUUGUUUCAUUCACAAUCAUGUAAUUGUGAACAUCAACUCAA